AUGUUUAAAGCUAAAAUGAUAGAAAAUGAAAAAGAAUUUAAAUGUUAACACAAACAUGGCUAACCAAUACUUUUGGUUGUACUUGAUCCAAAAUUAGAAAAGAAACAAAGACUUUUAUGCAAUAAAUGCAUGGAAAACUUUGAAUCAGAUGCAAAAACUAUAGGAUUUUAAAAAUUAAUCUACAUUAUUGAGGAUAUUAUUGAUCAAAAUAUGAACAGCUUAGAAAAUAUUGUUUAGAAGACAGUUCAAUAAUUAUCAAUUUGUAUCAAAAGUAUAUAAGAAUUAAAGACAUAAUUGAUGAAAUUAUUUGAUUCUAUGAUUAUCAUAGCUCAAGAUUGGACUCAAAAUCUAUUGGCAUAAAGUUAAUAAUUCAACUAAUACAGUUUAUAUGAUGAAUUAGAUUGCUUUAUUAAGAAUUAGAAUAUUAAUUAUAUAUCUAAUAUAAAACUUAUCAAUAAUAUUAAUAUAUCUUGGAAGACGAAACUAUCUAAUAACUUAAAUUAAUAUAUUCAAGAUAAAGAUAAACUUAACUUUAAAUAGAUAAAGGAAAAAUUUAUUAACAUUGGUUGUUCAAGUUUGUCACAAAAUAGUGAAAUCAAAUUAAAUUUAAUUGAUUAAUCUGUUAAAUAAAAUGUGUAAUGUAAAGCAAUAGUUUUUGAUUCUUCUGGGUCUAUUAUGGUAUCAACCGAAUACAAUGAUAUUAAAGUAUGGAGCUUUCUAAAUGGAACAAUAAAAUUGAUUAAAACAUUGUAAGGACAUAAUAGUUCGAUUUAAUGUUUAGUUUAUAGUAAGAAAUAGAAUUUCCUUAUUUCAAGUGCAGGAGACAAGACAAUAAGAUGCUGGAAAGAAUUGGAUAAAAUAGAUUGGAGUAGUUCAAAACCUUAUUAAUAACAUACAAAUAUUGUAGGAUGUAUUAUAUUAAAUUCAAAUGAGGAUUUACUAUUUUCUGGAAGUUUUGAUAAAUCAAUUAAAGUAUGGAAGGUUGAUUUUAAUAAAAAUAUAUUGACAUACAUGUAUUCAUUGGAUAAACAUGAAAAUAAAGUUAAUGCAUUAAGUUUAAAUUAAUCAGAAACAUAAUUAGUAUCAUGUGCAGAUAGUAAGAAUUAAAUUAUAAUUUGGGAAAGAAAAGAAUAAGAUAAGUUUGAAUUCAAACAUUUUGUUACAUAGUCAAUUUAAGAAGAAGGACUUAAGAUUAAAUUUAUUAAAGAUAAUUAAUUUAUUUGGAUAACUGGUGGUAAAGAAAUAGAUAAACUCUAUGUAUUUGAAUUAAAAGAAGGAGUCUUUUAAGAAAAUUAGGAGAAGACAAUUCAAUUAAUUACAAAUAAUGAGAAAGUUGAUGAAUAUCGUUUUCCAAUAAUUUACAAUAAGGAGAGGAAUUUAAUUGUAGUAAGACAUAAAACCUAUAUUUAUAUCAUUAGAGAAAUAAAUAAUGGUAAGUUCAAAAUAGUUGAGUAAUUGAAUUGCGAAACAAAAGCUAUUUAAGGAACCAUUACAAACAAUGGAUAAUAUUUGGUCUUUUGGGAUGAAAAAACCCAAGGAUAUUCAAUAUAUGAAUUAUUAAAUAAAUGA